UCCGCCCUUUUCUGUCUCUCGCCUUCGCCGACGGCCACCGGCGAUUAUUUAUUAUUUCUUACUAUAUCUCGUUUAUGUUUUUUUUUUAAAUUUUUUAUUUACAAUUUUUUCACAUUUCCAUCCGAGCUCCUAGCUUCAGUCAUUGCGCUUUGGGUACGCUGCAGGAUCUUAAGAUCACGUGUUCUUUCAUCCUGAUUCGUGACGAAGCUCCAGCUCCGGCAGGAAUCGGCGGCACUGAUCGGAAGGUCCUGAUUUAUGUGAAUUGGUUGCGGUAGCUGCAAUGUCUGGCCCGCUGGAUCGUUUCGCCAGACCUUGCUUUGAGGGGUUCUCUGGAAGUGAUGAAAAACGGGACAGGAAAUCUGAUUUUGAGAACUCAGAGGAUGAAAGACGGACAAGAAUUGGUUCUCUAAAAAAGAAAGCAAUUAACGCGUCUACCAAAUUCAAGCAUACUCUCAAGAAAAAGAGUGGCAGGAGGAAAAGUGAUGGCCGAGUUAGUUCGGUUUCUAUUGAGGACGUUCGGGAUUUUGAAGAAUUGCAGGUUGUUGAUGCCUUCAAACAAUCAUUAAUCAUGGAUGAAUUGCUCCCAGAAAAACAUGAUGAUUACCAUAUGUUGUUAAGGUUCUUAAAAGCAAGGAAAUUUGAUAUUGAAAAGGCAAAGCACAUGUGGGCUGACAUGCUCAAAUGGAGGAAAGAUUUUGGUGCUGACACCAUUUUGGAGGAUUUUGAGUAUAAGGAGUUAGAUGAUAUUCUGGAAUGUUACCCUCAUGGUCAUCAUGGUGUUGAUAAGGAGGGAAGACCAGUUUAUAUUGAAAGACUUGGAAAGGUUGAUCCACACAAACUUAUGCAAGUGACAACUUUGGAUAGAUACGUAAAGUACCAUGUCCAAGAGUUUGAGAAAAUCUUUGCAAUUAAGUUUCCUGCCUGCACCAUUGCUGCCAAGAGGCACAUAGAUUCAAGUACCACAAUCUUAGAUGUUCAAGGCGUGGGUUUGAAGAACUUUACAAAGUCUGCUCGGGAACUCAUAAUGGGAUUGCAAAAGAUUGAUGGAGACAAUUACCCUGAGACUCUCUACCAAAUGUUUAUCAUAAAUGCUGGCCCUGGAUUCAGGCUACUGUGGAACACUGUCAAAACUUUUAUUGAUCCCAAAACAACUUCUAAGAUUCAUGUUCUUGGAAACAAGUACCAGAGCAAAUUGCUUGAUAUAAUUGAUGCCAGUGAGUUGCCUGAUUUUCUUGGAGGCACCUGCACUUGUGCAGAUCUGGGAGGUUGCCUUAGAUCUGACAAAGGGCCUUGGAAGAACCCUGAAAUAUUGAAGAUGGUUCUUAGGGGCGGGGCACGUGGGCCUAGGCAGGUAGUAAAAGUUCUGAACAGUGAAGGGAAGGUUAUUGCAUAUGCGAAACCUCGAUAUCCAAUGGUAAAAGGCAGUGAUACAUCUACUGCUGAAUCAGGGUCUGAAGCAGAAGAUAUUGCUUCUCCAAAAGCAAUGAAGAGUUACUCACGUCUUAGGUUGACCCCUGUUCAUGAGGAAGCGAAGGUUGUUGGAGAGACAAGCAAUGCUGGUAACUUAUCAGGUAAUGAUGAGUAUGUUCCAAUGGUGGACAAAUCUGUUGAUGCUAGCUGGAAAAAGCAACCAUUUCUACAGAGGUCUUGUACUUCUAAAGGAUUGCCUCCCCUUGCUGACCUUCAGACAACUCCCGGAGGGAUUCGAACACGAAUUUGGGUGGCCUUGACUGUCUUUUUCUUGACCCUUCUCACUCUCUUCCAAUCAGUUGCACGUGACGUGACCAAGAAACUUACUACAGGAUCAGCCAAUGAUGGUCAGGGCACUUCUGAACCAACUCUUGAUCCAACAAACAGGGACUGUCAUCUUCCUUCACCAUGUCCAGCAGCACUCACGUAUGCAGACCAACUGUCCUUCAUGCUAAUGAAGUUGGGUGAGCUUGAAGAGAAGGUUGACACACUCCAAUCUAAGCCAUCUGAGAUGCCUAAUGAGAAAGAGGAAUUGUUGAAUGCUGCUGUCUGUCGUGUGGAUGCUUUGGAAGCAGAGUUGAUUGCUACUAAAAAGGCUCUCUAUGAAGCGUUAAUAAGGCAAGAGGAACUGCUUGCCUACAUUGAUCGUCAAGAAGCAGCUAAGUUGCGGAGAAGGAAGUUUUGCUGGUGAUGAGUCUUGCUGCUGCGAGAGAGACUGCAUGGAGGAGGAUUUAUUUCUAAUAUCAUAGUGAUUAUAAUACUGAACAGAAUGUGAUUUUUAGAAUGGCUUAAACGCUUCCUACGGUGCCGUUUGACUGUAUUUAACUCUUUUUGAGGUCUUUCAAAAUUCGUUUACAAGACGUUUAAGCUCUAUAUAUGUAAAAGAGAGAUUAUUUUUUUGCA